CAAGAGGACCUAAAGCUGCGAUAAGAAGGCCGUGCAUGCCCUACACUAACUCAGCACGCAACGCACGCGGUUACGGGUUUCCCGGGAAUGGAGACCCACAAGCUCAUUUACAACAUUUCCUACAUAAACGUUAUUAGUAAUUGUUUUUUAUGGCUUCUGUGUCAUUGCCGUGAGCAAAGGCCCUACGACAAGUAUGCAGGCUCUUUGAGGGCCGCUUCCAGCUCAUCGACAGCGCUGAAAUCAUUUCUUAACUAUUGCUGCCAAUGCUCAGAACUAGAAAGUAGUCGCAGUGUCACGGCAACUAGUUCAAGACUAGUUUCUUCGAGUGAUGGCCACUCCGGCCACUCCUCCCGCAGCUCGCUCGCAAGUCGAGGCAGCUCAGGCGCCUUCGAUAGUGUUAUCCGUCACUGACCUCGCAAACUUCAUCCACCUCCGGCGAUGUGGUCGCUUCCUUGCACUUGGGGGCUUCAAGGCCCCAGCGGCCGUCGCCUCAGGCCCCAGCUCGGCGCCAGGCCCAGCACACGCCAGAUGUGACAGACCCCUGGAUCCCGAGCUGGCUCGAUCCGGACAUGACCUCGAGCACGUGGUCGCAGCCGAGCUGCUGAGCCGUGCGUCGCGGGCGCCGCGCAGCCACCCGCCGCAAGGCAGCUCCACGCCCUGGUCCGAGUUCUGGGCCCAGGUCACGACGUUGCCCCCGCCUCCAGCACCCUGCAGCCUGGCUGGCAGCAGCAACAGCAGCAACAGCAGGAACGGCGAGAACGGCGAGAACCGGCGUGGCCAGGCGCCGCCGGCGGUGCAGGUGGGCUACUGGGCGUCAGAGGUGGCGCUGCAGGGCCGGCCGACGCCGGACGCGGCGGCGCACCUGAGCGGCAGGGCGGACUUCCUCAUGCUGCUGUGGCGGCGGCGCGGCGCCGGCACCAGCGGCGGCGGCAGUGGCGGCGCCAGCGGCGGCAGCAGCAGCGGCAACAGCGGUGGCACCAUAUGGGUGCCGGUGCUACGGCUAGUGGAGUGCAAGGCCAGUCGCGAGCCGCAGACCAAGUACCUGGCCCAGCUGGUGGCCUACCGUAUGCUGCUGCUGAGGCUGCUGGAACAGGAGGCAGGGCGGGCGCCGGCGCGCGGCGCCGGUGGCGCCAGCGGGGGCGGCAGUGCCAAUGGCAGCCGCAGCCGUGUGCUGAUCGGCGGACGCUGGUGGGCCCUGCCCCACAGCGUCGGCAGUAGCAGCAGCUGUGUCGAUGGCAGCAGCAGCAGCAGCGGCUGCAGCAGCGGUGGUGCUGAUGAGUUGGAGAUAGAGUGCGUGCUGCGUAUCAACGGCGGGGCCGAGGACAGCGGCGCCGGCGGCGGGGACGAGGACGACGGCACAGAUGCGCGGGAGGGCGGAGAGGAGGAGGGGGUGGCUGCGGGAGCAGCAGCGCACACGGCACGGCAGGAUGUUGUGGAUGCGGAGCCACUGCCGCGCCGGGAGGUUGAGUCCAUCACCCGCCAACUGGCAUCUCUGCUGGCACCCUUAAGCGGCCGUGUGGCGGUCGCCUUGGAGACCCCGCUGCAGGAGGUGCCCUACGAGCUGGGCUCGCACUGCGUGUCCUGCCCCCGCUCCCCCGCCUGCUGGUCCGACGCGGCGGCGCGAGGUGCCUUGCAGCUGAGCGGGUGCGGCGCCGACACGGCCCAGGCACUGCGGCUGGCCGGUGUGGCCGACAUAGAGGACCUGGCCAGCCUGCGACCGCCGCCACUGCAGCCACAGCAGCAGUCGCCACAGCCGCAGCCGCAUCAGGCCACCACGCGGCUCCAGCAGGUGGCUGAGCAGGUCGGCCUCAGCCGCCCGGAGCUGUACCGACUCAGCCUCACCGCCCAAGUCAGGGCGGCGCGGUGGCUGCCUCAGGCCGCAUCAGCCGUGGGCGCAGCGGUUACUGCGGCAACAGCGGAUCUAGAGGCGUUGUCAACAGCAAUCCCGCAGCAGAGUCGGCGGAGCAGCUUGGCACCGCCGUUCCUGCUCCUGCCCGGCUCGGGUCCCAGCUGCCUGCCCGCGCGCGCGCCCUGGCCCUUCACUGACCGGCAUGAGAAGCAGCGGCUGCAGCCGCCGCCGCCGCUGGUGCGGCUGUACUUGACCGUGGCGACCGACCCCAUCCUGUGCCGGGUGGUGGGCGUGGCGGCGCACGUGGCGGCGGCUGAUGGUACUGAAACCUCAGAAGCGUGGUGGCGGCCGCCACCGCAGUUGGAGCAGCGGGGCUGGGACGUGGUGGAACUGAUCACGCGGGCGCCAUCGCAGUCGGCAGAGGGGCCGCAGGGCGCCGCGGAGGGGUUGGUGAAGGGAAAGGAGGGGCACGCUGCUGACGCGCGAGGCGCAGAAGCAGACAGUGACGUGUGGGGAAGCUGGGACGAGGCGGAGGCAGCGCUCCUGGAGCGGUUCUCCACACAGGUGUGCGCGGCGUUGGAGGAGGCCGCGGCGUCGCUGGCGCCGCCAAGUGCGGGCAGCGCCACACACCAGCCGCCGCAGCCGCUGCUGCACGUCUACGUGCACUCGCAGUCGGAACUACAGUCGCUGGUGCGGCGUUGUAGCGCCCUAGACCACAUGACGGCUGGCAGCGGCGGUGGAGGUGCCAGCGGCGCCGCAACGCCAAGCAACAGACACAGCAGCAGCGGCAGAGGCAGUGGGUGCGGUGGGGUUGGUGGUGACGGCGGUAGUAGCGGCGGUGGCAGGCUGGCAUGGCUGCCUCAUCUCCUGGGGCUGCGGGCGGGGCUGCCGGGUGAGCAGCUGGUGUCCAGUGCGCUGGAGGAGGAGGUGCGCCGCUACGCCACCCCCUGGCAGGGCGGCGGCCUGCUCGCGGCCUGCGCCGUGGAUUGGGGCGCCCAGGAGCAACACCAGCCGCAGCAGCCCCCGCAACCACAGCCGCAGGCGCAGCAGCCACCGCCGCACAACCGCAGUAGGGCUGAUAAUGGCGGGCUGUACCAGUGGCGGGCGCCCGCGUUCCUGGUUGAUGCUGGUGCGGCUAGUGGUGGUGCGUGUGCCGGAGACGUGGACCUGCAGGCUGUGUUCAGUCCGGGUGGCUGCCUGAGCGCCAUUGUGCCCAUCCACCCAGAGCUGCACGGAGCCUUACAGCAGCAGGAGCAGCAGACGGCCGCGGCCGGCGCAACUGGCGCCGCCAUAGGAGCAGCAGGCCCGCCGCAGCAGCGACAGCCACAGGGACGGCCACGGCAGAUCCCAAGCUCCGCUUCCGCAGGCAUCGCGGGCUCGCAUGUGCCGCUGCUGGUUCAGGUGCAGCCGGACCUGCCCGGCGGCUCCAUCCCGCCCGCCUUCAUCCGCGCCCUGUGGCACUCCGCCGCCGCCACCGCCAAUCCCGCAGCAGCCCAGCAGGACGACGCCUCCCGCGCCGCCCAUGUCCAUGACAAUGGCAAGGACAAAAGUGCCGGCUGCGCCGGCGGCGGCGGCGUGUUUGCUGCCGGCGCACGGCACCUGCGUGCGCUGCUGGCGGCGCGGGCGCACGCUGUGCGGUGGCUGGAGGAGCGGCUGGUGCGGCUGCCGGGUGGCGGCCGCAUUGCCAUCACGAACUCCAAGCUAGACAACCCUCUGCCGCUGCCGCUAAGUCCUCAGCUCCGGCAUUUCCGCCUGCACGCCGGCGCCGCGCCCGCGGCCCUGAUGGAAGGCCCGACCGGCCUGCGCGAGUCCGUAGCGUCAGCGGUGACUGAGCGCUCUGCGGCUGCGGUGGCGGUGGCGCUGGCGGCUACGGACGCCGUCCGGCUGAACCGGGGGGCGGAGGUGCGGCAGUUCUGGAGGCAGCUGGCCGCGGCGCCGCCCGCCGCACGCGCAGAGGGCGGUCGUGGCUGCGCGGUGCUGGGUGACCUGCGGGCGGUGCCGCAAGGCAAGUACAGCACCAAGGUGCUACGUGGCCGGGUGCUGUACCCGCCACUCAAUGCGGCGGAUGCGGCGGACGGCAGCAGGGACGCGGCCAGGGUGUUGGCGGACGCGUUCAGCGAGCUGACGGGGCUGAAGGACAAGGACGGGGUGGUGGUGUCGAAGGUGGCGGCUGUGCCGGCGGCGGCAGGCCCGGGCGGCGGCUCGGCGGGCGCUGCCGCUGCGCUGGUGCCCGACCCAUGGCUGUGCCAGAGCGAGGAGCAGGUGAUGAACCACUUCGCCCUCCACGCCCUCAAGCUGCUGCCCGAGAGGCCCGAGGGCGGUGGUGGUGACGGUGGCGGCGACGGCGACGGCGACGGCGACGGCGGCGGGCUGUGGGUUGAGCUGCACUACAAUUAUGUGUCGAAGGAGCUCGACCCCGAGGACUUCUUCGUGGCUGGGCCCAACACGGCGGCGCGCUUUGCGGAGUGGGCGGGCGGCAUGGUGGCCCUGGACGCCGCGCCCAACAUCGCCGCCUUGGUGGCCACCUCGUGUGUGGAGGGAUUGCAGGAGGCGGCGGCCGACAGCGCCUACGUGGCGCGCCGCCUCAGGCUGCCCUCGCCACCCCCGCGGCUGCGGGCCGGCCGCCGCCCCUGCCGGCCGCCGCCCCUGCAGCAGGCGCAGCAGCAGGCGGCCGCUGCGGGCGGGGCAGGGGCGCAGCCUGGGGGCGCACCGCCACACAUGGCACCUGUGAGGGGCCAGGAGGAGGAGGAUGUAGAGGAGGAGCCUACCACGCCUCGGCAGCAGCAGCAGGGCAAGCCCAUUGCUGGGGCCGUGACGCCAGGCAGUGUGCUGGGGAGCGCCGCGCAGGCGCUGUUCAGCCCGCCGCCGGGUGCAGCCGCGGGCGCCGCCUCUCCGGCCUCGCCCUCCGCCAGCAGCCCCGGCAUCACACGGGCGGUGACGGCGGCCUCGGGGCCGGCACGCGGCCUUGCCACCUGCGCCUCACCAAGCCCCGCAGCGGCAGGUGGAAAUCGCGCCGGGGGAAGGGACGCCGCGGCGGCGGCACCGUCAUUGCCACCCAGCCUCAGCCCGCCGCGCCAAGCAAUCCUGGAAGCCCUGUCGUGCUGGCGGCCGGGCAGGCCCCUGCACCCCGACCAGGCCGCCUGCGUCGCCGCCUUCCUGUCCCACGACACCGGCGGCCUGCCCAACACCGGCGGCAGGGGCAGCCGCAGCAGCCGCGGCAGUAGCAACAGUGGCGGUGGCAGUAGCAGCAGUGGCAGUGGCAGUAGCAGCCGUGGCAGUGCGGGUGACGGCAUGGGCAGUCAGGUGCUGCUGCAGGGGCCGCCGGGCACGGGCAAGACAGAGACACUGGCGCUGUGUGUGAUCGGCUGGCUGGCGGCACGGCUGGUGGAGGGCGGGCCCACGGGACCGCCGGGACAGGGCGGCGUUGUGCUACUCAGCGGCCCCACACACACCGCCAUAGAUACGGUGAUGGAGCGCAUCGCGCAGCGCAUCCAGGAGGGUGCACUGAAGGAAGCAGUGGCAGCCGCUGCCACUGCCGCGACUGCGGCGACCGGAGCAGGCGCACCGGCUGGCAGCUGCCAGCGGCGCGUGCAUCUGGUCCGGUUGAACAACAGCAGAACCUCGCUCGCCCCGCAUCUGACGGCCUUGGGCAUGAACUCAAAAAUACCAAAAACAUUCGAGCCAGGCGUGUGGUACCUGGUCGCCGGCACGCUGCGGCACCUGCAGACGGCGGCCGAGCAGCUGCGGCAGUGCGAGGCGCAGCGCGCAUGCAGGCAGGGGGCGGCGGCCAUGGCGGCGGGCGGGCGGGGCGCGCUGGCCUCGGCGCUGGUUCUUGAUGAGGCCAGCAUGGUGUUCGCGCCGCAGCUGCUGGCGCUGGCGGGGCUGCUGGUGGAGGCGGCGGCGCUGCUGGUGGCGGGCGACCACCAGCAGCUGAGCACCAUCCUGGCCGCCGACCUGGCCGCCGACCUGCGCCCCAACCUGCGCCGCCACCGACCCGACCGCAGCGCCUUCGACUACAUGCGCCUGCUGGCCAGCGCCGGCAGCGGCAGCGGGAGCAGCGGGGGCAAUAGCAGCGGCGCCGGCGGCAGCGGGGGCAACAGCAGCGGCCCCGGCAGCAGCGGGGAUCAGCAGCAGCAGGACCCGCCGCAGUGGGCUACUGGCUUCACCGCCACCCCCCGUGUGCGUGUGGUAGCGCUCAGCUACACGCACCGGCUGCCGCCGGCGGUGACGGCCCUGCUGGCGCCGCUGUACGCGCGGGACGGGGUACAGCUGGUGGGGCGCAGGCAUCCGCACCGGGAGGCGGUCGAGGUGGUGGAGGCAGAGGCGGAGGGAGUCGGCGCCGCCGCCAACAGGCUGGUAGUGCGGCGGCAUGGCGCAACUGGUGCCGUGGUAGGCGGUGGCGGCGGCGGCGGCGCUGGAGUGGGGCCAUCGCGCGCACCGGGUUCCGGCGAUCGCAUUGGGCCCCUGGGAACAGCUACUGCUAUAGGCGGUGGGCAGUUGCUGGCGCCGCCGCUGCCGCAACCUGGCCGCGCACUACACACCUCAACCACUAGCACCAGCGGCAGCAGCGGCGGCAGCGGCACCAGCGGCAGCAGCGGCAGCAGCGGCAGUGGUGGUGGUGUGCAGCAGCUGCCCGCGCAGCUCCUGAAGCAGCUGUGGGCCCCGGGCGGCGGCGAGGGCGAUGACAGCAGUGGUGGUGGUGGGGUGUACCUGCUGCUGCACAACGAGGAUCGCUCACAGCGUGUGAACAGGCUCGAGGUGGAGCUGGUGUGUCAGUUGAUGGAGGCGAGCCCCUUCGCCCGUCAGGAGCAGCAGGGCCACGCCGCGGCCGCGGCCACAGCAGCCGCAGCGCCCGCCGCAGCACCCGGCAGAAACGCUGGUGACGCUGUGCCAGCGGCGCCGCGGCCGGCCGUGGCUAUCAUCACGCCGCACCGGGCGCAGCGGCGGGCCCUGCGGGCGGCGGCGCAGGGGCGGCCGUGGGGCGGCGUGUGCCGCGUGGAGACCGUGGAGCGCAUGCAGGGCGACGAGGCUGACACCGUCAUCUUCAGCGCCACCGUCAGCAGCUGCGCGGCGCUGGAGGCCGCGGCGGCCUUCUACACCGACCUGUGUCGAGCCAACGUCGCCUUCAGCCGCACCCGCACCCGCCUGCUGGUGCUGGCCAGCCGCGCCUUCCUGACCCACAUGCCCACCAGCUACAGCCACUACCGCGGGCUGGAGCUGUGGCGGCAGCUGCAGCACAUGUGCGAGGUGGAGGGGCGGCUGCUGGGGGAGCUGGUGGGGCUGCCGGGUGGCGGCGGUGGCGGGGGCGGCGGCGGGGGCGACAGUGCGGUGUCGUACCGGUGCGAUGUGUUUGCGGCGAGGAGCCCGGGGCAGUAGUGGCAAGCGACGAGCAGCUGUGCAUGCCGCCGUGCCAUGUCAGGGUGCCGUUGCAGGGGGUGGUGCAGACUUGGGCGGACAAGACGAGGGGAAUGACACGCGGGAUUGUUUUGACCUGAUCUCGUU